UAGGACCCCUUCAGAGAUCCAGAUCCAGCUCCAAGCUUCACCUAGUGAAGGAAGGAAUUCCACAUCUCGAAGGCAAUCGUCGCUGCAAGAACAUAGUCGUCUCUUUCGGUAUGCAUCCCGUGCUUCCCAACAAGUACACCUACCCAAAAAAAGGAAGAUAAGUACUUUCAGCAGGAUUUUAAUAUGUCUUCCUGAUUGUAAUCAGGAAGACGUCCCCACAAAAGAGGAAAAGGCGAUCUUAAAAAACAACAACUUGGGGGAGAAGGUUGUCAAGUUCGAUAAAGAAGGGGAUGCUCACCAUGUUAACGAGAAGAUCUUAAGUGCUUAUCAAAAGGAAGAGCUAAAAUUUGGGUUUGAAUUAAUGACCCUUAAGACAAGGUCAAGGACGGUCUUAGAGGUAGUCCACGUAGGCCCCUGCUCUGCUGAGGAUUUACAACUUCUGAGCACACAGAAAAUAUACAUCAGGCCGAUGCAGAAAAACAUUUUGCUUGAGGAGAACACCCCUCCAGCCAAUGAUGAUAUGCUUCCGUGCGUCCUUUGUGGGGCCAUAUUCCUGACAUCGGAAAUGAGACAGCACAACGAGACAUGCAAGAACUUGGAGGAAACCACAGGCUGUGAUGAGCCGCUUGUAUUAUCAGACAGUGAUGUAUCUUCGGCUAUACUAGUACAAAGUGAACCAUCAUCAGAUGAUGAGCUGCCAGCUGGGAUUUUAAAUGAGCUUCCACGCAAGAAUGAAGAACAUCCGGAGCUUGAACACAUUCUUUCCAAAGUGAAAGAGAGAUCGUCUGAGGACACGAGUGUAGCACAGCUGGUGCAGUAUUUCAGGGAGGAUUUCAUCAAGGGCAGGAGGUUGAAUCUGCCAUCAGACCUUGCAUCAACAGAUGCAGCUAUGCAGGGGGAUACGUAUAAAAUUGUAAUCUCCAGGAUGGAUGUGUUUCAGGGGGUCUUGGAUGAGUUCACGGCUACAGGCUACAAGCCACGCCUCCCGUUAGAAGUACGAUUCAUGGGGGAAAGAGGGCAAGAUCUGGGUGGCAUCAGGAAAGAAUUCCUGCGUUUGGCCCUCAAUGCUGUGUAUGAACGCCUCACCAUACCUUACGAGGGAAGGAUCCUCAUUGAGGAUUACGCAGGCAUGUGUGUCAAUAAGGCUUUCCUGGCAGCUGGGAUAGUAAUAGGUCAAUGCAUUAUGCAAGAUGGCCCAAAACCAAAUGUCCUGGCAAAGGAACUGGUUAACCGGCUAGUGGAAGGAUCAUGCACUACUCAGAGUGAACAACAGCUGCUUGAAGGGAUGCAGAAGACAGGGAUUCUGGAACUUAUUAGGAAAUUUCCCAAAUGUAGGGAACUAUUAGAAUUCAGUGAAGAGCCUAGGGUGCUAGAGUCCCAAGAGCUGGUGGAUUCUUUUGUCCCAAAUUUUUCAGAAGAAGGCAGCAACGUCAGACAGCAAGAAGAGAUAGUUUAUGGCCACUUCAUCCGCUUUAUCAGGGAGGUUGAAGCGGGCAAUCAACACGCCAAUGGAAAAGAGGAGGAAGAAAUAUUGACACUCGAACAUAUCGUGAGAUUUGUAACUGGAUUGUCCAACAAACCAGUGUGUGGGUGGCAACCGCCACUGAGUGUAGCGUUUGUCAGACAGGACAUGUCAACAGUGGGCAUCGGGGCAUCCACCUGCUCUCAUGAAUUGCAUCUUCCUAUUCCUCGGAAUCACACACAAUCUCUACCCUCUAGGAAUGUUUUCUUUUCGCUAUUUUGCGCAUCCUUCCCUGAUGAGUUUUUUGGAAAGGAUUAAUCCUUGCACCAUCAAAAUCCAGUCCGAAGAAAGCCCCUAAAAAAAUCCCCUCCCCAAGUAGGGAUUAUAGAUGCUGCCAAAACAUUCCAUGUUGAUAACUCAUUGUUCUGUUGCAAUUUUGCCAAAGAUUGGCUGUUUUCUUGCCUGGAAAUAUAUUUUGAUAGACAUGUAUUACUAAACAUAGUAAUACAGUACAGUUUUAUGAAACCUAAUUUGUAAAAAAGAUUUUGUUAUGCCUCCAGAUGGUUACAUGUGGAUCUUUUGGGGCGGGGAAGUUCUUGGGUACGUCUGUCUAUAGGUAGGGGAAGGCGGGGUAAGUUGUGACACUUUUUGCAUUUUGCAUGAUAGAAUUGAUAUGACUAAUAAUAUGAUAGAAAUAAGUACCUUGCCUUUAGAUAUGAUUCUUGGGAAAUCUUUUUCACCUAUAUACGACUUUCUACCCCCACUCUGAAAGUCGUUGUGACCUUUGAAAAAAAUGAUGUCAAGUGGCACAACUUGCCCCAUCUAUGGGGUAAGUUGUGCCACCUUCGAGGGUAAGUUGAGCCACAAAAACUGUGUACAAAAUGUAUGCGGGAAGAACCAGCAUGUCAGUUUUUUAUUUAAAGUCUUUUCACUUACUAAUUCUCUAAAAAUAUUAACAUUCUGUAAAAGUAAAAGAACUGUCAUGUGCAUUUGCUCUAUUCUGCCUGCAUAUCGAUGGCUUUUUAAGGUUUGAUUGUGUUUUUAUUUACAUUACCAAAAUAAUUACCAUGGCUCAACUUGCCCCAUGUUUGCUGGCUAAACUUACCCCAGUCCGAACUUAAUGCGAUAAUUUCGCAUCCACACAUUUCUUAUGUAUCCAUCAUGUAAAAGACUGUGACAAGAAUGAAGAUCCAUACCUGGACUGACAAUGUUCUUAUGUAUUAUUAUAUGUAAAGAAGUGUGUGUGUGUAAAAAACACUUAUCUUUUUCACACCCUUUUUUACAUUUUUGGCUGAAAUUUGUAUUUUUCCCUCUAAAAAAAAGUACUUUUUGUUUCAAAGUUGAAAACAAUGCGGUGGGGUUAAGGGUUAUGUAAUGGGUCAUCAAUACAUGACACCACCAUAAUGUCUGACUCAUUCAUUACAAAAAGUAUGGGAGCUCUUUCUAUUUCAGACUUUUUCAAUACUCUUCAGCUUUUUUCAGAUCUUUUUAUUUGUGAUCACUCACACCCCUGAUUUAAUUCAAAAGGUCAGGCUAUUUUGUGAUCUCAGAUCUAUUUCCAUCUUGUACCUACCUCUGUACCUACCUCUGUCAUUUCUGAAAUAUUCUUGUGUGUUUAUUAUGCAACCAAAUAUCUCAUUACCUGUGUUUAUCAAUACUGUAUCAAGGACUAAAUAUUUUAAAUAGUUGAAAAUAGUAAAUAUAGUGGGAGAAUGCAAAAUGACACAAAUUCUUUGUCACUUUCAUCAAGACUGCUGUAAACUAUAUUUCACUCUCCUUCAAUCGACCCUUUGCUCUGGUGGUAUCCUUGAUUAGUUUGAAUCAAGUCAACGUACACUUGCAGGUCCGAUUGGUGAGCUUGAGAUUUUGUUGUGUACAUGGAAAUGUACAAUGAUCAGUCCUGUGCAAAUGCACCUCAAAAGUGCCAUUUUUGCCAAAAAUUCAAUAAGCAGCAAUAUUAAGUUUCAAAGGCUUAAUACCAUAAAAAGUGUGUGACAUAUCCUUAAUUUUUAUCUUUACCUUGUAUUCUAUGUAUAUGUAUUGCCAUUUUACUCCAAUAGUAUUCAGUUAUGAGUGUGCCAUAUACUUGUGUUAUAUAUUAUGUGUCUCUUCAAAUGCCUAAAAAUAUACAGUGCAAGGAUGCAAGAUCUUGCACAUUAACAGUUGACAACCAAGUAAUCAAGGUCAUUCACUGUACAAACCCUGGCCUGCCAUAUCCAUUGUGAUUUAUCAUGAACUCGUCAAGACAAAAAACAAUUUCUAAAGAGUAUAUCUUUUCACUAAUCCCUAAGUGGAUAGCCCACCUAAUUUUCAUGUCUUUUACAAUAAUGGGCAGUGCUCACUCAAGCAUAAAACAUUUUCUGACUUUUUUUUUAGCUAUCCAUAUAUAUAUAAAAAUUUCCCCAAAAUUCGAUAUAAAGAAUUUUAUUUAGGGGGCCAUUUAAAAAGUGUAUCGUUUUUUGGGGGGACACUCUGUAAAAUGCUUCCCAGAAAAAACGAAGCCAAGAUUUAUUGAUGUUUAAUCAUACCUUAGUCACAAUUAUGUUUGAUAUUUGAUACAUAUUUGUAAAGCUUGGCUCCUCUUCUUCCAUUUGAUGCCAUUCAUAGGAUACAUAAUUCAAGCAUGAGUAAAUAAAGCUCCAAAUAUGCUUAUUUUUUGUCUAGACACUCUGUUAGUAUUCGCAGCAAAUUUACAUAUACAGUGGAGGCUUGGUAUAACGAGGUCCUUGGGACCAUCAAAAUCUUGUUAUAGCAGGAAUCAUAGGCAGCGGAAGCAGGGGGGAUCUCUUUAUACCGAGUUUCCACUGUACUUGAAAAAAAAAUGGUAUCAAAAAAGAUUUGUUAUUUAUUGUAUUUUAAAUGUUUUAUGUUGUAUUUGUUUUUUUUUUACCUCUUUGUCACCUCAUUGUUUUUUUGAUGAAACUUGUAAGGGAGACUUUUGCAAUCAUACAUAGCGUAACAUUCAUUAGUUCUAAAUAUCUCAUUCUUUGUCACUUUGGAUAUGUUUUGGUAUCACAUCAGUUGAUUUGGUAAGAGGCAAGUAUGCAUUAAACCAUGUGAAGAACAUCUCAUUAAGUUUUGUGAAAGUAUUUGUUGGCUCUUAAUGUAAGAACAACAGCCUUGUACAUGCGUUAUUUGUAUUACAUCAGUUGAUUUGGUAAUAAACUGUAACUCUGAAUUCUUCUUGAGUCACAAUAUAGUUUUGCCUUCCUAGUUUUGUAAGAGGCGAGUAUGCAUUAAACCAUGUGAAGAACAUCUCAUUAAGUUUUGUGAAAGUAUUUGUUGGCUGAUAAUGUAAGAACAACAGCCUUGUACAUGCGUUAUUUGUAGUUUUGUAUCACAUCAGUUGAUUUGGUAAUAAACUGUAACUCUGAAUUCUUCUUGAGUCACAAUAUGGUUUUGCCUUCCUAGUUUUGUAAGAGGCGAGUAUGCAUUAAACCAUGUGAAGAACAUCUCAUUAAGUUUUGUGAAAGUAUUUGUUGGCUGAUAAUGUAAGAACAACAGCCUUGUACAUGCGUUAUUUGUAGUUUUGUAUCACAUCAGUUGAUUUGGUAAUAAACUGUAACUCUGAAUUCUUCUUGAGUCACAAUAUGGUUUUGCCUUCCUAGUUUUGUAAGAGGCGAGUAUGCAUUAAACCAUGUGAAGAACAUCUCAUUAAGUUUUGUGAAAGUAUUUGUUGGCUGAUAAUGUAAGAACAACAGCCUUGUACAUGCGUUAUUUGUAGUUUUGUAUCACAUCAGUUGAUUUGGUAAUAAACUGUAACUCUGAAUUCUUCUUGAGUCACAUUAUUGUUUUGCCUUCCUAGUUUUGUAAGAGGCGAGUAUGCAUUAAACCAUGUGAAGAA